GUUAGGCGAGCAGUCGAGACAACAUGGAGGCCAGUGGCUUGUCUGCUCUCGAACUGUGAGUGAGUCCGGGAGCAGCACAAUAACCGACAGUGCGCGAGUUGUGUCGAGUGCAGUGCCGCAGCGAUAAGGAAGGCGGCGUGCCUGCGCAACAGCUGUGCGCGCGGCACAUGUCAUCUGCCGCAAGAAGGCUGGUGGUGAGGUCUCCGCUCGCAGCCGUCCCCGCUCCGGCGUCAUAGCAUGCCGCCCCCGCCUCCCACGCCCCUGCCGCCUUGGGCGUGGCUCGCACUGGCCGUCCUCGCGGUCGUACAGGCGGGACCGGUGAUGCCCCCGCUGGUGUUCGACGACCCGUGGGACGUGACGGGCGGGCGGCCGAGCUACGGGCUGCUGGCCAACGACACCCGGUCGCAGCAGGCGCUGCUUGCGCCGCGCAACGCCACCCACGACCUGCCGCCCACGCCCUCGCCGGAGGACAUCGAGCGCGAGACGCGCCGCCAGUUCGAGAUGAUGAAGAUCAACUACACGCGGCUGCUGCAAGAGCUGGAGGAGGACAUGCAGAGCGGGCGCAACCUGCCACUGCCGCGGCUCGUCGACAAGGCGCUGCGCCUCUUCAACCUGCGACAGGUCGUCCAGGAGGUCGAGACGAGCGUCAUGUCCAAGGUCUCCUGCACCGCCUGCAAGGCAGGUGCCGGACUGUUGCAGCACUAUAUCCGUAUGGGUAAAACGAGAGAUGAUAUCGUGAAGAUCACGAACCAGUUCUGCAUCAGCCUGAAGAUACAGACACCGCGCGUCUGCGAGGGCAUCACGGAGCUGUUUGGGGGUGAGGUGGUGUACGUGCUGCAGAGGGUGCAGCUCACGCCGGAGGAGAUCUGCAGCUUCGUGAUCGGCGACGCGUGCGGUGACGUGUACAACCCGUACCACGAGUGGAAGGUCGCCUUCCCGCCAGUCCCCAAACCGCCCGUCACGCCUCUCCCCGUUCCCGUCGCUGGUGCAUCAACAUUUAAGGUGCUGCAUUUGUCAGACACUCACUUUGACCCAUACUACCAGGAAGGCACCAAUGCUGACUGCAAUGAACCAUUGUGUUGUCGGCUCACUAAUGGACCUGCACUGAAACCACAAGGCGCUGCAGGACGAUGGGGUGACUACAGAAAGUGUGACACCCCACAUCGCACAGUCGAUAAUAUGCUUCAGCACAUUUCCAGUGCUCAUCCGGACAUUGAUUAUAUACUGUGGACUGGUGAUUUACCUCCUCAUGAUGUUUGGAACCAAACAAGAGAAGAAAAUUUAAUGGUAUUAAAGGAAACUGUCAACCAGUUGUUAAAAACAUUUCCAGGAGUUCCAAUAUUUCCAGCAUUGGGUAAUCAUGAAAGUGCUCCAGUGAAUAGUUUCCCACCACCAUAUGUGCACGAUGAUUUCUCCAUUUCGUGGCUCUAUGAUGAAAUUGACAACCAGUGGCGACAGUGGCUGCCCUCAUCAGUAUCACAUACGGUUCGACGAGGUGCUUUUUACAGUGUGCUAGUACGACCUGGUUUUCGUGUGAUUUCCUUAAAUAUGAACUACUGCAAUAACAAGAAUUGGUGGCUACUACUAAACAGCACUGAUCCUGCCAAAGAGCUGCAAUGGUUCAUUUAUGAGCUACAGAGUGCAGAAUUUAAUGGAGAGAAAGUCCAUGUCAUUGGUCAUAUCCCUCCUGGACACAGUGACUGCCUUAAAGUUUGGAGUCGAAAUUAUUAUAAAAUAAUUAAUAGAUAUGAGUCAACAAUAACAGCACAGUUCUUUGGGCACACUCAUUUUGAUGAAUUUGAACUCUUUUAUGAUACAAAUGAACCUGGGCGUCCUACGAGUAUUGCAUAUAUAGGACCGUCAGUGACACCAUAUUAUAAUUUGAAUCCUGGAUACAGAAUAUAUUAUGUUGAUGGUGAUCAUCCAAAAACAACAAGGUCAGUCAUUGACCAUGAAACUUGGGUCAUGAACCUGAAGGAAGCUAACCUGUAUGAUUAUCCAAUAUGGUACAAGCUGUAUAGUACCAGGUCAGCAUAUCAAAUGCCAUCACUAACACCACAAGAAUGGGACAACUUUCUCAAUAAGUUGCCAACAGAUGCUGCUUUGUUUGAUCUCUAUUACAAGCAUUACUGGAAAAACUCACCUGUGAGGCCACCAUGUGAUCCAGAAUGCAAGAAGCGCAUGGUGUGUGACCUGAAAUCAGGCAGAUCACAUGACCGUCGCAGUUUAUGCCAAGAGCUGGAAAGCCGUAUUGAUUCAACAACAAAAACAGGAUGGCGAGCAUGGCUCUACAAUGGCCUGGCCUUAUCGUGCAAGAUAUUAAAAUUCUUGAAAAAGCUCUUUUGGUAAGUCCACAGGAUACACAGAAAUCACCAUUUGCUUUAGAGACAGAUUUUCUUGUAGGUUUCCCAGUAGUGAUCAUCUGGCUAACAUUCCCAUGCAGUAUUUUGAAUGCUUAUAAAAUAGCAUUUUUGGUACGUACAGGCUAGACAAAGUUGUGUGUCAGUAAUAAUUUAUAACUAAUAAGAAACUGAAGGCUGUGAUUCGUCUUUCAACAAAGAAAACAAAUAUAAAUUUUAGUUUCUGUUGUGAGACAUGAUAAAUAGCAUAAAAAUGUCAACAAGUGUACUUGGAAAAUGUACAUGUAAUUUCGGCUAGUUACAUCAUUAAGAUCAAAACAGCCAAGGAAAUUUUUGUUGGCAAUCCUUAUAUUUACGAUUCUCCAUGGAGUUUUUGGUUUGAAUGUAGAUAAUAUGUAUAAUUUGAAGAACAGUUAAAGGGAGAGUAUGUUUUUUGCGUUCAAGCCAGAGCAUUGUGUGAUACUUUGGAAUAUGUUUGGCCCCUCAAGGUAUUUGGCAGGUAUUUUGGCACAGUGCAGAGUGUUGCAUGUUACUAGCAUUUUAGGAACAGUAUGUUGGAAUUUACAAAGACUAUUUUCAUCUUGAAGUACAUUGUGGAGUGUUUACUUCCUUAUGCAAAUGCAGUAUUAUAUGUUUUCAAUGGAUCAACAAAGACUAUACAAAGUUUGUAAUCAGUGGUACUGCAAGUCAUGAACAAAUCUGACAGUACCAGUAUACAAAUUCAGAGAAGUUACCUCAGUUUCCUUUAAUAUUGUAGUUUUGUGCCUUACACAGAUGUGUAAAUAUUUUUGUGUUGACUGAAGAAACAGUAAAGGAAAUCCUUUAACAUCUCACCAUUCUAUAGAAUGAACAGUCUAUCUAAUUUAAUGUAAUAUCAAUUGUAAGCUUCAUUAGAGCUUGUGAAGAAUAAUUAUGAGAUGAAGUGCCCUUCUGCAAAGAGAGGUUUGUGAUAAUAAACUGUAGUUAUAAUUAAUACAAGACAUAAAACUAACCACUCACCAUACAGCUGAGGCACUAAGCAUUUAACAGGCACAUAAUGGUGACUACAGACAAUCUACCUGAGGCAUUGAAUGGCCGAUAGGCACACAACCAAGACUGAAAAUGUUGCUGAGUUUUAUGACAAUGUUCUUUAGAGCUAACAAUAUUAUGAGAAGGCAAGGUGCUACUCACCACAUAACAGAGAUGCUGAGCCACAGAUACGCACAACAAAAAGACUGUUGUGCCUUUCCGUGACUCAGCAUCUCCGCUAUGUGGUGAGUAGUAACUUUCCUUCUCAUAAUAUUGUUACAUUCCAUCCUGGAUUUUCCAUUGUUUGAUUCUUUAGAACUAACUGAUAUGAAAUUUGUUCUUUAUCUUAGUUAGCUCAGAACAAAGACAUUAUUGAAAAACUCAGCAAUGUUUUCAAUCUAGUUUAUGUGCCUGUCUGAACUACACAAUGAGUAUUCCUCCCAUAGUUUCCAGUGUUAUGGUAAAUUGUAUUUGUGGUCACCUUUUGUGUACAGAGGAGAAAGUGUUACUCUAUGCCUCUUUCAAAAAAUGUGACUGAAUAACUUACUACUUUUUCAUAUUAUUAUUUUAAAAUAAUAAGCUAGUGAAAAUUUUUUGGCGGAAAUAACUAACAAAACUAUACUGUAACUCACUAAUAGCAAUCACAAUGAGUACCAAACUGAUAAGUUCAAAAUUUAUCAUUGCUAUAGCUUGUAUAGUUUGUGCACAAAAAUAUCUGUUGUGUUCAACACUUUCAAUUUUUAUAAAAUUUUUGUUACAAAAGAGUAUACUUUGCACGCAGUGCUGUAAUUUUCCUAAUAAAGGAAAUAAUAUGUUCUUAA